UGCGCGUUGGCUGUGACGCGGACUGUCAUGGCGGCUACCUAGUUUGUGAGUUGCUGCCGAGAUCGCCCAUGGUAACCGAAAAAACGACGCAGGGAAGACGGGACCGGAGAUGGCCAUGCAGCACGGCAGGGUCAAGUCCAAGGAAGACACAUGGAAAACAGAGGAGUUACAGAAACACUUAAAGGUUGUAGACUCUGAAAGACAGCAUGAUGGAAGGAAACAUAGAGAAAGGAGGCAUCACCGAGCUGAAGACAAAGAUGAACUUAUAGAGCGAAGACGCAAACAUGGAGAGAAGGAAAGGAAAGAAGAAAAAGGGCACCAAAAAUAUUCUGAACGAGACAGACACUACGACAGAGACAGGGAAGGGGGUCGAGACCAUCACACUGAAAAGGAAAAGCCAAGAGACAGGGAGCGAGAUCGGAAGGCAGACAAGGAAAAGUAUGAGUCUGACAGACAAAGAGUGAGAGAGAAAGACAAAGCAAGGGAGGGGAAAUACAGCGGAGAAGAUCUCGGUAAAAUAUCAAGAGUUUCUAAAGAUUACAGAGAAGGUGAACUGACGGAGGGGAAGGAACGGAAACAAAGGGAGACUAGAGAGAGUCAUGAAAAAAACCAUCACACGAGCGAAGACAGAGAAAGCAGACACAGGGAACGACGAGAAAAGGAAAGGAAAGUCCGAGAGAGUGAAGAUUAUGAGGACAGAGACUCACGACAUAGAAAACACAGGGAGGAUUUAAACGAUCCAGACAGAGAGAGAAGAAGGCGCGAGAGGAAACAGGAUGAGAGAGAGAAAAGGCACAGAAGCAGACGAGAGAAGGAGAGUCUGGAGAGUACGGCCAUCCAUGAACCGUUAGAAAAUGCCCAUACCUUACAGAAACUGAAGGAGAGGAGCCCUCGAGAACAAGCUUUACUUGAUGGCGACAGCGCAAAGGGGCGCACCGAAAAGAAACACAAAACCGAACAACAAAAUGAAAGAAGAAAAAGUGACCGCAAGGGGACAGACAAAGAGGAAGCCUCUGAUGCAGCCUAUGAUGACUCCACAAAUUAUGAAGAGGACUUUGAGGAUUACGAGGAUGAUUUUGAAGACGAAAGUGACCACGAGGAAAAGGAACCUGUAAAAAUUCAAGAAAGUAUUCCCCGUUUGAAGAAUCCAGAAAUAGAAGCCAUUCAAAAGGCUAUGACUUUGGAAAAUGAAACGAUUGCCUCGUUUAAUUCAACACAGAAAAUAAAACUCAAUGAGCAAGAACUUCACCAAAAAGAACCACCAAGUGUUCCAAAUAAAGGGGGUCACCGGGGUGUUUUUAUAGACUUUGGGUCUGCAAAGCAAAAGCAAGUUAACAGCCAAAUAGCUUCUAAACUAAAAAAACGCAGCACAGAUAUUCUACGACUGGUUGACUUGGAUUUCUCCUCCACCGUUUCUUUGCUUGACCUCGCUCCUGUGAAGGAGUACGACAUGUACAUUCGAAAUUUUGGUAAAACCAAUACAAAGCAGGCUUAUGUGCAGUGCAACGAAGACUGUGUUGACAGAGACAUUCAAACUGAAGAAAUAGAUAUCAUGGAAAAGUGGACCCAGCACCCGGGAGAGAGCGCUGUGGUCUGCGGAGGGUCCAGAAAUGAAGCAGCAGAUGGUAAGGACCCAGUAGCACAGCUCAACUCCCAAAGAUUAACAAGCUUUCUUCGCUCCUCUUGCCAGGUCAUCGCGGUUCUGCUUGAAGAAGAACGUGCCGAAAGACGAUCAGAAUUUAAGCUCCAGUCCAAGGAACCUUGUAUGUCAAUCAGCGACGGCUGCUUCCAGUUAAAUACCGACUUGCCAUUUCUUCAAGGUCGCGUAGUCCGCAGAUUACAGUUCUCUGAAGCUCAGCGACACCUAUUACUCUCAGUACACGGCUCCUGUAACAGCAAUGGCCCCGUCAACAAGUUCAUUAUUUGUGUGUGGAACAUAUGGGAACCCACGGCUCCUCAGAAGGUUCUGGUCUGUGAGUCUGAGGUGAAAUGUUGCUGUUUCAGCCCUGGGAAGGCGGCUCUUGUGUUUGCCGGGACCGCGGAUGGUUCGGUAAUGAUCUGGGACCUGCGAGAAGACGUCAGCAUGCAUCGGACAAUGAAGCUGGGGGACGCCAGCUGGACUUUCAGAUCCGCCACGUUUUCUACCGAUGGAGUCUACACAAAUGUUAACCACUCAAGCCCGGUAAAAGCAAUGGAUCCAGUACUGAGUGCGGUGACUAAAGAAGCCUCGCUCUCUUCCCAGGAAGAGGUAUCGGGAUUGUCAUUCCAAAUAGCAUCGUUAGAUGAAUCUGGACAUCUUAUAUUAUGGGUGGUGGUGGAGUUAAGAAAAGACGAUAUGGCCGGCUCACAGAAUGAUUUAGGUCUGAUUCCUGGAGGCAAAGUGAAGUUAGUUUAUAGUUCCUCUAUAUUUCUCGAUGGCAGCUUUUUCCCCAAAGAUGUCCUGUCGCUUGGUCCUCCUCAGACCCUGAAUGUUAAGUUUCUUCCUCAGGACUCUAAUCAUUUCUUCGUCGGAACUGAUAUUGGAAUUGUAACUCAUGGCACAAGAUAUGGAUUAAUGGAACCUCCGAGGCAUUAUAAACCUCUGCACGGCAGGAUCAGACCAUCACAUGUCAUCGCGAUGGAUUUCUCUCCUUUUCAUGUUCCUGCAUUUCUGGCAGGGUGUUCAGACGGUUGUAUACGGUUACAUACGACCUACGCAGAGUUCCCGGCCAUGCAGUGGGAUCAGAGCACCAACGGACAGGCGGUGGCUGCAGUACAGUGGUCUCUGACGAGACCCUCCGUUUUCUUUGUGUUGGAUGCUGCAGGUUGUAUAUACGUGUGGGAUUUGCUGCAGAACGAUUUGCAACCAGUGGCCAAGGAAUCCGUGUUGUCCGAUCAGAUUACCAGUAUGGCUGUUUUUGGUGAACCAGAGAAGACCGAUAGCCUGAUGGGUCUGGCUCUGGCUAAAGCCUCCGGGCGAGUGGAAGUCCAGUACAUCAAAAAGCAGUGGGCUAAGCCUCAGCCGAAAGAGAACGACAAGCUAUGCCUCAUUCUAUAUUAGCAAUGAUAUAUAUUUGUAUAUAAUAACCACAGUUUGUACGAUACAACUGCAUAAUUUAUUGUAAAGUUCCAUAUAUAUAUAUAUAUA